UCUCUCUCCCUCCCUCUCUCUCUCUGACACUCACACACACACAUGUGCACACACACACACCAGGGGGUGUGUACCGUGAGCAUCUCUCCAGGGCUGCUGCUGCUGCUGCUGGACCCACGCUCGCUCCGCCAGGACUCGCUCUCCAUCCCCCCGGACGGACGGACGGACGGACGGACGGACGGAGCCCCAUGAUGCGAGGCUGCUGCAGCCGCUCCAGGCUCGGAACCAGGCAGAACCAGCGCCAGGCGGUGUGCAUGACCAACUGCCCCACGCUGAUCGUGACCGUGGGCCUUCCCGCCCGGGGCAAGACCUACAUCUCCAAGAAGCUGACCCGCUACCUGAACUGGAUCGGCGUGCCCACCAGAGAGUUCAACGUGGGUCAGUACCGGAGGGAUUUUGUUAAGAUCUACAAGUCCUUUGAAUUCUUCCGUCCAGACAACGAAGAGGGUCUAAAGAUCCGGAGGCAGUGUGCGUCGGCGGCGCUCAACGACGUGCGACAGUACCUCACAGAAGAAGGCGGCCAGGUCGCGGUCUUCGACGCCACCAACACCACCAGGGAAAGACGGGACACCAUCCUCCAGUUUGCAGAACAGAACGGCUUUAAGGUGUUCUUCGUGGAGUCGGUGUGCGAGGACCCGGACGUCAUCCAGGAGAACAUUGUGCAAGUGAAGCUGUGCAGCCCCGACUACACCAACUGCAACACGGACGAAGCUGUGAAGGACUUCCUGCAGAGGAUCAAGUGCUACGAAAACUCCUACGAGACGCUGGACGAGGUUCUGGACAGGGACCUGUCUUACAUUAAAAUCAUGGACGUGGGGCAGCGAUACCUGGUCAACAGGGUGUUGGACCACAUCCAGAGCCGGAUCGUCUACUACCUCAUGAACAUCCACAUAACUCCACGCUCCAUCUACCUGUGUCGCCACGGAGAGAGCGAGUUGAAUGUCAAGGGGAAGAUCGGAGGAGACUCGGGCCUCACUCCCAGAGGAAAAGAGUUUGCCAGGACGCUGAGCCAGUUCAUCCAGACCCAGAGCAUCAGCGACCUGAAGGUGUGGACCAGCCAGAUGAAGAGAACCAUCCAGACAGCAGAGGCGCUCAGCGUGCCCUACGAGCAGUGGAAGGUCCUCAACGAGAUCGACGCGGGCGUCUGUGAGGAGAUGAGGUAUGAGGAGAUCCAGGAGCACUAUCCUCUAGAGUUCGCCCUGAGGGACCAGGACAAGUACCGCUAUCGCUACCCGAAAGGAGAGUCCUACGAGGACCUGGUGCAGCGGCUGGAGCCCGUCAUCAUGGAGCUGGAGCGGCAGGAGAACGUGCUGGUCAUCUGUCACCAGGCCGUCAUGCGCUGUCUGCUGGCCUACUUCCUGGACAAGACGGCAGAGGAGCUGCCGUACCUGAAGUGCUCGCUGCACAGCGUUCUGAAGCUGACGCCCGUGGCCUACGGCUGCAAGGUGGAGGCCAUCAGCCUGAAUGUGGAGGCGGUGAACACCCACCGAGAGAAACCAGAGAACGUAGACGUGACGCGGAUGUCAGAGGAGGCUUUGCGUACGGUGCCAGCUCACCAAUGAGGCCGGCCCCCCACGCCCUGGCAGCCCUCCCUGUUACCCCUCAAAAUGCUAAAGAAACCCUUCACACACACAGUACACUCUGCUGAUGCGCUGGAGCGUCACUGUUGUGGUCUGCCUCGCUGAUGAUGAUGAUGAUGAUGGUGAUGGUCAUUAACUGGAAUCCAGUUUGUAAUUUUAGAUUAUUAAUCCUGUCACGGAUCUUGUGCACACCCUCCCAUUUUUGGAGGAUGUCUGUGUGAACUGACACUUCCAGCUGGAGCGAUGAAGCUCCGGCUUCUUUCCUGCUGCACUUUUGAUGAUUUGUUGUUCAUUUUCUUAUGGAUUUGUUCCUAGAGCCGAUUUUUGAAAAUGUUCACUUUUAUUUAUCACUUUGCUUAUUUUAGGAUUCAGUACGGAAGAGUAUUAGGGGCCAGGCAGGAUAAAAAAUAAAAAUAAUAUUUUAGCGGAGGAAGAUUUUUUUUUUAUUGUGCACUUGGAGAGAAAAGUCGAAAUGUUGAGAAAAAAGUCGAAAUGUCGAGAAAAAAGGUCAAAUUUUGACUUUAUUCACAAAUUUUGACUUUUUUCUCGAAAUUGUGUUUCAACAUUAAUUUCGACUUUUUUCUCGAAGUGCACAAUAAAAAAAAAAUCUUCCCCGCUCAAAUAUUUUUUCUCCGUCAUAGCCCUAAUACUCUUCCGUAAUUCAGAGAACUCAGAAGAGGAACAUUGUCUGUGUUCACCGUAAACAUAAACAUUGUUUUUCAGUUGGAUGUACACGUUUACUAAGUAAAGGUACAGUUGUUGUUUUUUUUCCUGUGAAACCAUAUGAUGAAUUAAGAGCACGUAUUUCUGCUCACUGUUUGUAAAUAAAGUCCACUCCACCACCACA